UAUCCUACUACUACUAGCUUCUACCAGCAUCCCAGAAAAAGUCGAUGAUCUCAUAAUCCAGAUAACUCUAAAGAUCUCUAUAUAUAUGUUCUAUUUGAUACUACCACUUUACACAAGUGUCACCAAAUUAGACAGAAAACACACACACACACAAAGAAAAAAGGUGAAAGAUGGCAGAACGUUACUACCCAAAUGAAAUGCCAGACCUUACAGUUCAAGAAUUGGUUCCUGAAAAUGCAAAAGACUCACUCAUCAAACUUCUUUCUCUUCCUUAUGACACUAUUGGUCAAAGGCUCAAGCAAGAUGCAAUCAACCUCAAAGAUGAAGUUGUGAGGGAGACAUGGGGAGCAAAAGGAAGACGUGUAUAUGACUAUAGACUAUACACUGGAACUUUAGGGACUGCAUAUUUACUAUUCAAAUCAUACCAAGUUACUCGAAACAACGAUGAUCUUGCACUUUGCUCUGAAAUUAUUCAGGCCUGUGAUGCUGCUUGUGAUGGAUCAGGACCACCUACAUUUAUAGGGGGGCAUGCAGGUAUUUAUGCUCUUGGUGCUGUUGCUGCUAAGAACAUUGGUGAUGAUCAGUUAUGUCAACAAUAUCUGACCAAAUUCAAGGAGAUUAAACUUCCAAUAGAUCUUGGAGAUGACUUGUUCUAUGGAAGAGCAGGGUACUUAUGGGCAUGUUCUUUCUUAAAUAAACAUCUUGGCAAAGGCACAAUAUCUAUAUCCCAAAUGAGAGCAAUUGUGAAUGAACUCAUCAAGUCAGGUAGAAAACUGUCGAAAUUAGAGAACUUGAAAUCUCCUCUAAUGUACGAGUCGAGGGGGAAAAGGUACUGGGGAGCAGCUCAUGGAUUAGCUGGAGUUGUUAAUGCUCUACUGGACAUGGAACUGAAAGAAGAUGAGAUUGAAGAUGUUAAAGGGACAUUAAGGUACAUGAUCAAGAAUCGAUUUUCUAGUGGAAAUUAUCGUAUAAGUGAACGAGAUGAAUCGGAUGUUCUUGUCCAUUGGUGUCAUGGUGCUCCUGGUGUUGCUCUUACCCUUGCAAAAGCAGCUAAGGUUUUUGGUGACGAGGAGUUUCUGGAAGCAGCCAGAGAAGCCGAGGAGGUAGUGUGGAAACGAGGCUUGCUCAAGCGAAUCGGGAUAUGUCAUGGAAUAAGUGGCAAUGCCUAUGUUUUUCUUUCACUUUACAGGCUAACAGGCAAAGAAGAGUACUUGUACAAGUCAAAAGCAUUUGCUUGUUUUCUACAUGAUAGAGCUCAUACUUUUAUCAGUGAGGGUAUUAUGCACAAAGGUGAUCAUCCUUUCUCCUUGUUUGAAGGCAUUGCAGGAAUGGCUCAUCUAUUUCUGGAUAUCCUCGAGCCGUCGGAGUCGAGGUUCCCUGCUUAUGAACUCUAGAGCCUUUAACCAAACAAGAAACAGUGUAAGAUUUGUAUCUGAAUAUGUGUGGUUGGUCUUCUGGUGUUUCUGUCAAGUGUGUCAGACAGAGAGGAAAAGGAUGUUAUUGUGAUCUUGAUCAUGUAAGAUAUUGUCUUUCUUUCUGUUAACAACUUUAUUCCUUUUGUA